CCCUCUUUCCGACCAAUCAGCGACUCGACCUGACGUGAGAGCGUGACCCUACUGAAUCCCGGAAACUGGAAUUUUGUUGUUGUUUUUAAAAAAAGUUUAAACGGAGACGUGCGGUAGUUAAAUGAAACGGUUGGAAUAAACAACAUUAAAACGUUGAACUAUUGCAAAAGCUGAAGAAGUAGGAUCGACAAUGUUGGCUUCGAGUCUACUUGCUAAAUACUCCACCGAACUCCAUGACGAUCAAGUACUUAAAUUGGACAAGUACUUACACGACCUCCAGCUUCCAGAUGAAACGCUGAUGGAUAUAUCUGUGAGAUUCCGACGGGAAAUGGACAAAGGACUUUGCAGAGACACCAACCCCACAGCAGCUGUCAAGAUGCUGCCAACUUAUGUGCUCUCAACACCUGAUGGAACAGAACAAGGAGAAUUCCUGGCCCUUGACCUUGGUGGAUCCACCUUCAGGGUGCUACUGGUUACAGUUAUGGCAAACGGCGAGCCAAAAGUGGACAUGGAAAAUCAAAUAUAUGCUAUUCCUGAACACCUAAUGAGAGGCAGCGGCUCUGAGUUAUUUGACCACAUUGCUGCAUGUUUGGCUAAUUUCAUGGAGAAGUUAGGAAUCAAGGAUAAAAGGCUUCCUUUGGGCUUUACCUUCUCCUUUCCCUGUCAACAGAGCAAGCUGGAUGAGAGUAUCUUGAUUUCUUGGACCAAAGCCUUCAAGGCAAGUGGAGUAGAAGGAAAAGAUGUUGUCAACCUCCUGCAGAGAUCUGUUCAAAAACGAGGGGACCUCAAUAUUGACAUUAUGGCAGUCAUUAAUGAUACAGUUGGCGCCAUGAUGACCUGUGGCUAUGACGAUCAUCGUUGUGAAAUUGGCCUCAUUGUGGGAACAGGGACCAAUGCCUGUUACAUGGAGCAGAUGAGGAACAUUGAAUUACUGGAUGGUGAUGAGGGGCAGAUGUGUGUAAAUACAGAGUGGGGUGCUUUCGGAGAGGAUGGUAGCUUGGAGGACCUACGCACAGAUUUUGACCGAGAAAUCGAUGCUGGCUCUCUGAAUCCUGGCAAACAGCUCUUUGAGAAGAUGAUCAGUGGACUGUACAUGGGAGAACUUGUUCGUCUCAUUCUCGUGAAAAUGGCCAAAGACCAGAUGCUGUUCGGUGGCAAGACAACGACCCAGCUCCGGACUACUGGAAAGUUCACCACCAACGACAUCUAUUCCAUAGAAAGUGACAACAGAGAGGAAGGGCUAACGAGUGCUCAAAGCGUGCUUCGGCGUCUCGGUUUGGACCCGACUUUGGAAGACUGCAUAGCCACUUUGAGAGUGUGUCAGAUUGUUUCUACACGGGCUGCACAUUUGUGUGCCGCCACUCUCGUGGCAGUGCUUCGGCAGAUCCGGGACAAUAAAGCGGCGGAGAAGCUUCGCACCACCAUCGGAGUGGAUGGCUCUGUCUACAAGAAUCAUCCAGAGUUCUCGAGGAGGCUCCACAAGAUGGUACGACGGCUAGUGCCUGACUGUGACGUUCGUUUCUUGAGGUCUGAGGUUGGCAGCGGGAAAGGCGCCGCCAUGGUAACAGCUGUUGCCCUACGCCUCGCCGCUCAAAAUGCUGAGCGUCAACGCAUUCUUGACACUCUGCGUUUGAAUCACGAGCAGCUGCUCAAAGUAAAAAAUCGAAUAAGCGAAGAAAUGGCGCGAGGCCUGUCAAAGCAAGAACACGAUCAGGCCAGCAUCAAGAUGCUUCCGACGUUUGUCGGGUCCAUUCCAAAUGGAACAGAACAUGGCGAUUUCUUGGUUUUGGACCUUGGAGGCUCAAGUUUUAGAGUGCUGCUUGUCCGCGUGAGAAGUGGAAAGACACACAAUGUUGACAUGCAUCAUAAGAUCUACAAUAUCCCACAGGAGACAAUGCAGGGCACAGGUGAAGAGCUUUUCACACACAUUGUGGACUGCAUGGCCAACUUUCUGGAAAACAUGGGUAUGAGUGGAGCAUCCUUACCGUUGGGAUUCACAUUCUCUUUCCCCUGUCACCAAAGCAAACUGGAUCAGGGUAUUCUUCUGAAGUGGACUAAAGGCUUCAAAGCGAGUGGUUGUGAAGGACAUGACGUUGUUACAUUACUUAAGGAUGCUGUGCGACGCCAAGGGGAAUUCAACAUAACAUUUGUGGCUGUAGUUAAUGACACAGUAGGAACCAUGAUGACUUGUGGUUAUGAGGACCCUAAUUGUGAGGUGGGACUCAUUGUUGGCACAGGGACCAAUGCCUGCUACAUGGAGGAAAUGCACAACAUAGAAGUGGUUGAUGGUGAUGACGGCCAGAUGUGUGUCAAUAUGGAAUGGGGUGCAUUUGGUGAAAAUGGCGAACUGGAUGACAUCUUCACGCAGUUUGAUCGUGUUGUCGAUGCAUCCUCAAACUAUCCUGGAAAACAGAGGUAUGAGAAGAUGAUUAGUGGCAUGUACCUUGGCGAGAUUGUGAGACAUGUGCUGAUGGAAUUCACUGCAAAAGGCUUGCUGUUCAGAGGCAAGCUGUCUGAGAGACUCAAGACCCGGGGCAUCUUUGCCACAAAAUUCUUGUCACAGAUUGAAAGUGACCGCUUGGCCAUGAGGCAAGUCCGUUGCAUCCUUCAGCACCUGGGUCUUGUCACUUCGACCUAUGACGACAGCGUCCUCGUUAAGGAGGUCUGUGGCGUGGUGUCCCGACGUGCGGCGCAGCUCUGCGGCGCCGGCUUAGCCGCUGUGGUUGACAAGAUAAGACAGAACCGCCACUUGCAGCAGCUCGUUGUUACAGUUGGAGUCGACGGCACCCUUUAUAAGAUGCACCCUCAUUUCUCCAGGAUCAUGCAAGAUACCUUGCAGGAUUUGGCACCCCAGUGCAAGGUGACUUUCCAUAAGUCCGAGGAUGGAAGUGGCAAAGGAGCCGCACUGAUAACCGCGGUGGCCUGUAGAAUCAAGAGCGAUGAUCCCGAUCUGAGUGGUUAAUCGCCGGAGCUCAACUCUCACAUUAUGUGCCUUGUCGGUGUGCAUAUUAUAUCCACCUAAAGACUAUCUGCUCUUUAUUUGACUUAUUCUCUUUGUUGACUCCAUAGUAAUGGGAGCUGACAAUGGUGUGAAUGAUUUGAUGGACCUUUGCGUUACGCUUGAAAAAACAAAAAUGGCAGCUAUUUGCUGUAUGCAUUAUAUAGUUUUUCCAAUUGAAUUUCCUGAAAGGUUAUCCUUGACCUCUUUGACGCAGUAAAAGAUUCAAAAUGCAGUAUAAAGGAAACGGCUAAUGGAUUGUGUAGUACGGAUGUUUUAUAUAUCACAAUAUAAGAUUCUAAAUGAAGUAUAAAGGAAACGGCUAAUGGAUUGUGUAAUACGGAUGUUUUAUAUAUCACAAUAUAAGAUUCUAAAUGAAGUAUAAAGGAAACGGCUAAUGGAUUGUGUAAUACGGAUGUUUUAUAUAUCACAAUAUAAGAUUCUAAAUGAAGUAUAAAGGAAACGGCUAAUGGAUUGUGUAAUACGGAUGUUUUAUAUAUCACAAUAUAAGAUUCUAAAUGAAGUAUAAAGGAAACGGCUAAUGGAUUGUGUAAUACGGAUGUUUUAUAUAUCACAAUAUAAGAUUCUAAAUGAAGUAUAAAGGAAACGGCUAAUGGAUUGUGUAAUACGGAUGUUUUAUAUAUCACAAUAUAAGAUUCUAAAUGAAGUAUAAAGGAAACGGCUAAUGGAUUGUGUAAUACGGAUGUUUUAUAUAUCACAAUAUAAGAUUCUAAAUGAAGUAUAAAGGAAACGGCUAAUGGAUUGUGUAAUGCGGAUUUUUUAUAUAUCACAAUAUAAGAUUCUAAAUGCAGUAUAAAGGAAACGGCUAAUGGAUUGUGUAGUACGGAUGUUUUAUACACUACCGUUCAAAAGUUUGGGGUCACCCAGACAAUUUUGUGUUUUCCAUGAAAAGUCACACUUUUAUUUACCACAUGAGUUUUAAAAUGAAUAGAAAAUAUAGUCAAGACAUUGAUAAGGUUAGAAAUAAUGAUUUGUAUUUGAAAUAAUAAUUUUUUCCUUCAAACUUUGCUUUCGUCAAAGAAUCCUCCAUUUGCAGCAAUGACAGCAUUGCAGACCUUUGGCAUUCUAGCUGUUAAUUUGUUGAGGUAAUCUGGAGAAAUUUCACCCCACACUUCUAGAAGCACCUCCCACAAGUUGGAUUGGCUGGAUGGGCACUUCUUGCGUACCAUACGGUCAAGCUGCUCCCACAACAGCUCAAUGGGGUUUAGAUCUGGUGACUGCGCUGGCCACUCCAUUACAGAUAGAAUACCAGCUGCCUGCUUCUUCUCUAAAUAGUUCUUGCACAAUUUGGAGGUGUGCUUUGGGUCAUUGUCCUGUUGUAGGAUGAAAUUGGCUCCAAUCAAGCGCUGUCCACAGGGUAUGGCAUGGCGUUGCAAAAUGGAGUGAUAGCCUUCCUUAUUCAAAAUCCCUUUUACCUUGAACAAAUCUCCCACCUUACCAGCACCAAAGCAACCCCAGACCAUCACGUUACCCCCACCUUGCUUGACAGAUGGUGUCAGGCACUCUUCCAGCAUCUUUUCAGUUGUUCUGCGUCUCACAAAUGUUCUUCUGUGUGAUCCAAACACCUCAAACUUUGAUUCGUCCGUCCAUAACACUUUUUUCCAAUCUUCCUCUGUCCAAUGUCUGUGUUCUUUUGCCCAUAUUAAUCUUUUUCUUUUAUUGGCCAGUCUCAGAUAUGGUUUUUUCUUUGCCACUCUGCCCUGAAGGCCAGCAUCCCGGAGUCGCCUCUUCACUGUAGAUGUUGACACUGGCGUUUUGCGGGUACUAUUUAAUGAAGCUGCCAGUUGAGGAUCUGUGAGGCGUCUAUUUCUCAAACUAGAGACUCUAAUGUACUUAUCUUCUUGCUUAGAUGUGCAGCGGGGCCUCCCACUUCUCUUUCUACUCUGGUUAGAGCCUGUUUGUGCUGUUCUCUGAAGGGAGUAGUACACACCGUUGUAGGAAAUCUUCAGUUUCUUGGCAAUUUCUUGCAUGGAAUAGCCUUCAUUUCUAAGAACAAGAAUAGACUGUCGAGUUUCACAUGAAAGUUCUCUUUUUCUGGUCAUUUUGAGCGUUUAAUCGACCCCACAAACGUGAUGCUCCAGAUACUCAACCUGCUCAAAGGAAGGUCAGUUUCAUAGAGUCUCUAACCAGCUAAACUGUUUUCAGCUGUGCCAACAUGAUUGCACAAGGGUUUUCUAAUCAUCCAUUAGCCUUUUGACGCAAUGAGCAAACACAUUGUACCAUUAGAACACUGGAGUGAUAGUUGCUGGAAAUAGGCCUCUAUACACCUAUGUAGAUAUUACACUAAAAACCAGACAUUUGCAGCUAGAAUAGUCAUUUACCACAUUAACAAUGUAUAGAGUGUAUUUCUGAUUAGUUUAAAGUUAUCUUCGUUGAAAAAAACAGUGCUUUUCUUAAAAAAUAAGGAAAUUUCUAAGUGACCCCAAACUUUUGGACGGUAGUGUAUAUCGCAAUAUAAUAUUCUAAAUGAAGUAUAAAGGCAACGGCUAAUGGAUUGUGUAAUACGGAUGUUUUAUAUAUCGCAAUAAAAAUUACCCCGCAAAAAAAUACAAUGUAUAGUUUCAAAUACGUACAUUAGGAUAAAACUUAUCCCAAUAUUUGUUGUACUUUGUACACAUAUACUUCAAAAUUAAAUGUCGGAAUUGAAUUUUAAAUGUGUUAUGUCGACCUAUAUCAUAAUCCCUCGUUUAUCGCAGUUCAUUGGCUUAAUACCUGACUGUGAUAAGUGAAUUUCUGUGAAGUACAGAGGCAUUCUGUGGAGAGUACUGCAGUAAUACGGAGUACUGCAUUACCUAAUUCAGAUUGUAUGACCAGUGUUAGUUUGGUUCGCAUUACCGGAAAUAAUUUGGAUCCAUUUUCAGGCACAGACAAGGUGUUCAGGGGUUCCGUUUUUUUUGGGGGGGGGACGACGCGGGAUUGGGUUUUUUGCCUUUUUUGCAGAUGAUUGGGUUCAGCUAGGUUCAUCCAGGUGUGACCCUUCAAAUCUCACUGGAUCGGUUCACAGCCGAGUGUGAAGUCCGAAUCCAUGGUUCUCGCCCCCCCCGGACAAGGGUCGCCAUCUCCGGGUUGGUGAUCCAGCCCCAAGUGAAGGAAUUUAGGAUUCCUCGGGGGAAGACCCAGUGCACGAUCUGCCGAGGAGCUGGACAAAGGUGCCAGGGAGAGGAAAGUCUGGACUUCCCUGCGACCCGACAGUUCAAAUCCCAGAACAAAAAUACAUUUUAUUAUGUAAAGGCUGUACUUAGGCAAUAACCAUGCAUUUAAACACUACUGGAAUAUAUUAUAAAAAAGGAACUAAAACUUGGGCUGCACGGUGGUCAAGUGGUCAGGGUUCAAUUCCACUUUCGGGCAUCUCUGUGUGGAGUUUGCAUGUUCUCCCCGUGCAUGCGUGGGUUUUCUCCGGGUACUCCGGUUUCCUCCGACAUUCCAAAAACAUGCUAGGUUAAUUAGCGACUCCAAAUUGUCCAUAGGUAUGAAUGUGAGUGUGAAUGGUUGUUUGACUAUAUGUGCCCUGUGAUUGGCUGGCCACCAGUCCAGUGUGUACCCCGCCUCUCACUUAAAGACAGCUGGGAUAGGCUCCAGCACCCUCGCGACCCUCGUGAGGAUAAGCGGUAGAAAAUGAAUGAAUGAAUAUUUAUAGAGCCCUCUAGACAUUAAAUAGCACCCCUACAGUCAUCUUUCCAUUCAUAUUACCCAUUAUAUUUGACUCUGUGGUUGUUGACAUUUUGCCAGGUCUCACAGCUAGGAGGCUCGGGUUCGAUUCCCCGCUUGGGCAUCUCUGUGUGGAGUUUGCAUGUUCUCCCCGUGCAUGCGUGGGUUUUUUCCGGGUACUCCGGUUUCCUCCCACAUUCCAAAAACAUGCUAGGUUAAUUAGCGACUCCAAAUUGUCCAUAGGUAUGAAUGUGAGUGUGAAUGGUUGUUUGACUAUAUGUGCCCUGUGAUUGCCUUUUCUUUUAUCAUGUGACUGGUCUCCACUUUCCACUGAGAUGUCUUGAGGGUAUGCUGCCAUUUAAAGUGCCUGACGUAGCCGUCCUGUGUGUUUGUCUUCUGGUGUUGCCUUGGAGAUAAUUCAUCACCUCUUCCUCUGCAUUGAGUUAUUCCGUUGUGCCGUGUUCCAUCUGCCAACUGAAUACGUCUCCCGCUGAAACGUGUCAUCAAAAUUUUGAAUCUCGUUCGAUGUCAUUAUAACGAUGCGGGAUGUUUUUCAUGUUGGAUGUUGUCGCUCGUUGGUAUGUCAUUCUUUGUGUGGUUCCACGUUGACGAGAUGGCCUUCAUCAUCACUUUCUUGCUCUUCUGCUAUUUUUCUAUCUGAAAGACUCUGCUUGUCAUCUUCUCUUCUUUAUUGUCUCCUCUUCAAGUCCGAAAAAAUACAACAUUGUCUUCAUUUUGUGCUACAAGGACAGCUGCCUUGGAGGAGGUAGCCUGUCAGUAUUGUGGCUAUAUUUUAAUCCAUAAUUCAUUCAUGCUUUCUCCUGCAUCUCAAUGCUGUAAUAACAUUAUCCGCUCUUGGUUACUCUUUCAUUGUCCAUCAUGCUUAUUUUGGUCAAUGAAGUAUAUAGGCUUAUUAUUACUAUUAUUAUAGUAAUGGUAAUGGUUUUAUUUCAUUUGAACAUGCAUCAGAUUACAAUUGAAUGCAUCCCAUAAUCAGUUCACAGUUCCACAUGUCCAAAAGGAGUAGGAAGAAGCAAAGCUUAUUAAAUCCUACCCCUCCAUCUGGUACUUUUACAAUCAGUAACUGUUACAUUUGUUCACUUCCUGCUUUCCUAAUAUAGUUUUAAUUUUAAUUUUUUAAUUUUUUUAAUUUUUUGUCACGUACCGAAGUACGAGGUGAUAUGACCAUCCAAUGACAUAAUGGGUACCAUAGUAACUGUCAAUAUAGUGAUUUGUUCACUUCCUGCUUUCCUAAUAUAGUUUGUUUUUUUUUUGUAAUUGUUUUUUUGUAAAAAAAAAUAUUAUUUAACAAAUUAUUAUUAUAAAAAUGUUGAAUUUUUUAAACAUUAAAGAUUUUUCAAAUUGAAAAAAUAUAUAUAUUUUUUUAUUUUUUGUCACGUAGCAAAGUAGGAGGUGAUAUGAGCAUCCAAUGACAUAAUGGGUACCAUAGUAACUGUCAAUAUAGUGAUUUGUUCACUUCCUGCUUUCCUAAUAUUGUUUGGGGUUUUUUUGUAAUUAAAAAAAAAUAUUUAAAAUAAAAAACAAUAUUUAACAAAUUAUUAUUAUAAAAAAUAUUAUUACAUUUUUAAACAUUAAAGAUUUUUUUUAAUUAAAAAAAGAUAUAUAUAUAUUUUUAUUUUUUGUCACGUACCAAAGUUCAAGGUGAUAUGAGCAUCCAAUGACAUAAUGGGUUUUAGCUGUUUGAAGAUGAACUAUAUCAGCAAGUUGAAGUAUUUGUAAUUUUAGAAAUAAGGAGUUAGUAUGUUCUUUGUAGGCGGCAUUAUGAAUUAUCCUUACUGGCCUUUUUUGCAGUACAUUUACGAGUGAAGAUUGUUUUUAUAGUUAUUAGCCCAUAUUUCCACACAAUAAAUAAGAUAUGGUAGAACCACAGAGCAAUAGAGUGUUUGUUCAAUAUUGAAAUAUUAUUCUUACUUUUUCCCAGGAUAAUAUAAUAUAAUGAACAUUUGAACUAUUCUACAUAUGAAUAUUUCAGUAUUUUAAGGCUCCGCCAUCAUCAAGCAAUUUCCAUGUUGAAUCAACAACAAGCUUCUAUCAUCAAUUAGCCUUAUUAGCUUGGCAUAGCAGUCAGCAUUCCUCUUUCAGUCUUCAGCCGAUUGCUCUUCAUUAACCCCGUUGGGAACAUGUGGGUCUCCUUCAAACGUUCCACGUGCAAGUAACCAAGUCUUGUUUCCCAGAGAUGAUACUCCUUUGGUCGCCAUUUUUCCACACAUUAAAUUUUCAUACAGUUUUUGUACAGCAUAAUUCUUAGCUCUUUCGUUUGUGUUGUUAGGAAUGGAAUAUUUUCUUUUUGUUGGAAAUAAGUUUUGAGAUAGAUUAGCUUUUAGACAUGUAUCAUAAUAAUCAUGAUGCAUGAUGGCUAGUACAAACACACCUUGUUCGUAUUGUUACCCUCACACAAACACACACAAACACACACACACACACACACACACACACACACAUUGUCGAGAUGAGCCACUUUUUGUUAUCUCAGUCUGAGGAGCGCUUAGUUGUCCAGACUGUCUGCAGGAAAUAAGAAGGUUCCUCUUCAGAUAUGAAUUGGACUUUCAUUGGCCGCCAGUGGCUUUCUCUCCAGUGCUGGCAUUGCAGUUGCUUAUACUCACGCCUGUUGGUACAACUUUGGCCUCAAAGGUGUAUUUCACAGCUGAUAAAAUGAAAUAACCUGGGCCCAUAACCUAUUAGCAUCUUCUCAUUGCGUGCGGGAGUCAAGCAAAUGAACAUCAACUUAUGUAACCUUAGGGUGUAUUCAUUGCAAACAGCAAUCAUGAGCUCAGUUUCAUGAAUAUUCCGUCAUUUUCUGGUGCAACACAAAGUCAGAGCCUAGUACAAAACAAUCAAAGGCGUACUUUUUAAAUAUUUAACAGAAAUACUGAAAACAGCAUAGCAUUUGCACGGCACAACAGCAGCAUAAUGAAUAAAAGAAAGAUGAUUUUAUGUAUUACAUUACUGUGCAGACAGUCCAGAAUUGACUUUAUUAAGUAAACAUAACAUCACAUAAACAUCACUUUUAACAAAUUCAUACAAAAAACAUGCAUGCAACACAGGACGCUAUAUUCAUCUUAAAAUAUAGUUAUAGUCAUCUAUUUUCAUAUUAAAUGGAGCUGUAUGAGCAGGCCAGGGAACGUUUAACAAUGUAUUUUGCUUUGAUAUCAUGCCAUUCACAUUUUUAACUUACCUUUUAUACAUUUUAAGAAAUUUUAGUUUUUGUGUUACUACCUCAGUCUUCCAUAAGUGGGUCAAAAAUGACCCGGUCAGGUUGUGUUCUUGAAAUAUCUUUGUAAUGAAGAUUUUUUUUAUUAUUUUAUAUUCCAGGUAUUUCUCAAAAACAUGUUUUUGAUAUCAUGCCAUUCCUUUUUUUAACUUACCUUUUAUACAUUUUAAGAAAUUUUAGUUUUUAUGUUACUACCCCAACCUUCCAUAAGUGGGUCAAAAAUGAUUCCGUCAGGUUGUUUUCUUGAAAUAUUUUCAUAAUGAAAAUUUUUUAUCAUUUCAUAUUCCAGGUAUUCCUCAAAAAACAUGUUUUUGAUAUCAUGCCAUUCACAUUUUUAACUUACCUUUUAUACAUUUUAAGAAAUUUUAGUUUUUAUGUUACUACCCCAAACUUCCAUAAGUGGGUCAAAAAUGACCCGGUCAGGUUGUUUUCUUGAAAUAUCUUUUAAUGAAGAUUUUUUAUCAUUUCAUAUUUCAGGUAUUCCUCAAAAAACGUGUUUUUGAUAUCAUGCCAUUCACAUUUUUAAGAAUUUUUAAAGAAAUUUUAGUUUUUGUGUUACUACCCCAACCUUCCAAUAAGUGGGUCAAAAAUGACCCGGUCAGGUUGUUUUCUUGAAAUAUCUUUGUAAUGAAAUUUUUUUUAUCAUUUCAUAUUCCAGGUAUUCCUCAAAAAACAUGUUUUGAUAUCAUGUCAUUCAUAUUUUUUAACUUACCUUUUAUACAUUUUAAGAAAUUUCAGUUUUUGUGUUACUACCCCAACCUUCCAUAAGUGGGUCAAAAAAUGGAAUCCAAUAGGAACCUUUGAUUCUUAUCAACUUAUCAACUCCUAAAUAUAAUACUAAAUAUCAUACAAGUGAUUAUUCCUAACCAAAAUGGCAAAAUUGGCAUAAAAACACAUUGAUUCUAGUAUGGGUCAUUUUUGACCCACUUAUGGAAGAGUGUAGGGUCCAGUCACUCAUGCAUCUUAAAGGGUUAAAGGCUAAUACACCUAUUAUGCUAAUUUUUCAAUCUAUUUAAUGAGUUGUGGACUUCUAUAGAGCAGCUACACACAAUAACCAGCACUAAAAGCUGUCGAGUUCUUCCAGAAUCUGCACCUAUUCAGCUGUAUUUCUUUGGAUUUUGUGCUUCUCGGGAAAAGGGAUGAGUUUAAUUUAUUCCACCCACAGAAAUUAACAAUAAACGGCGAUUUAUCUUUUAAAAUGUCCACUUUGAACAUACAGCCAAGACAUGUCUCAAUGGUAAGUAGCUUUAGCAUUUUAGCAUCACGUCCUUUUUUUUUUGCGGGACUUUGAGCCCAUAAUUGUGGUGGGAAACGGCUAUUAGCAACCCCCGUAUGCACACUCUAUAAUGCUACACAGACACUUUUGCUCCAUGAAUUAAACGAAAUAAACACAUGACACUGAUAAACUGUUACUUACUGCUUGCUUUUCUGACUCUUUGACACAACUUAAGUCACGUUGGAAAACUUCAGCAAGUUUGUCGGCUAUUCCAGCUGCAUACUGGCCUCCUCCAUGUUCAUGAGACAGUCCAAUGCAUUUUUUUUUUGCUGGUAGGGAAUCGGGAACUCCAACGUGGCGUCUUUAGGAAUUGUAAACAAAUAGCUUGUCAUGGUUUAACACGAGAAUACAACAUUUAAACUACAUUUAUAGGUCAGAAAAGUAGAUAAAGCAUAAUAUAAUAAGUCCACUUUAAAGGAUACCGUACAAAGACGCAUCUAAGACAAAGUUGUGUUUCUUUAUGAAACAAUCGCCAAUAACAGUAACACAAGUACAUGCAAUACAAAAACAUACAACAUGAAUAAAUUAACAACAUUUAUGAACAUUUAAAGAAAUACAGUGGUGCCUUGGUUAAUGUCAUGAAUUUGUUCCACUUAAGGUCCGACUUAAACCAGAACGGACUCUAACCAAAGCAAAUUUUCCUCAUAGAAAAUCAUGUAAAUAAAAUUAAUCCAUUCCAUAUCUACAAAAAUGAUAACACAAAACACAUUAUAGACAAUAAUUAAAGUUUUACAUUGUAAUUACAAAUGACUAAUGAAUGGACAACAUGUUUUUGUACUCAUGCCACAAAACAAUCUAUCUAGAGAGGUUUUCUAGAAUGUACAAUUUUGCAUAAAAAAAAAAUUAAAACAUGAUAUAUUUUACAUCAUUUUACCAGUAAUGGACAAAAAAAAGGACAACAACAAUAUAUACAGUAAACCUGGGAUAUAUCGGAUUCAAUUGUUCCCACUGGUUUUGUCCGAUAUAAGCGAAAUCUGUUAUAUGC